CCAUACUAUUCCAUACCGCUCAAAAUUCCCACUUACGUCACCUCAAAACUAUGUCAUGGACAUAUUUUUAUUCAAAAUAAGGCAAUAGCAAUAAUAACCGCACUCAAGGCAACUCUCGUGCCUUUUUAAACCUCUCAUAAUUAUUUUGCCUUUGACUUUUCUUUAAAAAACUUAUCAUGCGACUCUAACCUCAAAAUGGACACCAACGCAAAACCGCGAUAUUCUCCCGAAUUCAAACUGAAAGCUGGAAUUUUUCUUGCUGGUGUCUCAGGAAUAUCAGCCCUUGUUGGUUUUGGAGCCACUUUGGCCGCUGCAAAGAAACAAGACCCCAAAUUUUUCGGAAAAGGGAUGGAGGGGUCGCGCACCAUGGGUGAAACUGGGGCUAGUUUGGCCUUACGGGCUUUGGGUUGGGGCACUUUGUAUGCAGUGACAGGGUGUGGAGUUUUAUUUUAUGCUAUUUGGAAAGUGUCGGGGGCACAAAAUUUUGAAGAAUUUAGACACAAGGUUGGUAGCAUUUUGCCAAGAAUACCCAAAAAUGAGCCACAAGGAAGGACUGAGUUUAGUGGAUUGAAUGAUCUUUUAGAUUAUUUGCAACAUCAGAGAAGUAAAAAAGAUAAGUAGCAACGUGUAAAAUUAAUUUAUUAAUAAAUAAGUAAAUAAAGUUAAUCAUAUUUUAUAGAUUGUAAAA